AUGAUACAUGCUAUUCCGCCUCAAAUUCGAUAUCUUGGUCUCCUCAUCGGUGCUCUGUUGAUUUUCCCCUCUUCUGGCACUGGGCGAGCUUCGUCUGCUGCGAUUUUCUCGACAGUUCUCGAGGUUCUCGAGGGUUCUUCUGAUGGGGUUUUGUUUUCGAUUAUAUCCAUCCUGAAAGAAUCGGCUCUAUCCUUGCUGGAGGACCUCGAUUCGGGAGCAAGGUCGUGCCUCCGGAGGUGGAGUAGCAGAUCGAGGGCUAUCGGAGCCCUCCGAGCCCUCUCGCCGACUGACUGCCGCCUGAGGUAG